GGGGCGGGCGGCGGGGAGCGGGCAGCCGCGCAUGCGCGCAGGGCGGAGCGCCGGGCCGCCGGGGCGCUCGGCGGCGUCGGCGCCAUCAUGUCGAUGGAGGACCCGUUCUUCGUGGUGAAGGGGGAAGUGCAGAAAGCUGUGAACACUGCCCAGGGGCUCUUCCAGAGGUGGACAGAGCUCUUGCAGGAUCCCUCCAUUGCCACAAGAGAAGAAAUCGACUGGACCACUAAUGAGCUCAGGAACAAUCUGCGGAGCAUUGAGUGGGACCUGGAAGACUUGGAUGAAACAAUUAGCAUUGUUGAGGCAAACCCUCGGAAAUUCAACCUCGAUGCCACGGAGCUGGGUAUCAGAAAAUCCUUCAUCACCAGCACGCGGCAGGUGGUCAGGGAAAUGAAGGAUCAGAUGUCAAACUCCUCCAUGCAAGCACUGGCUGAAAGAAAAAACAGACAGGCACUCCUGGGCGAAAGCAGCAGUCAGAAUUGGAGCUCUGGACCUGACAAAUACAGCCGUCUGGACCGGGAGCUGCAAUUAGCAAAUUCACACUUCAUUGAGGAGCAGCAAGCUCAACAACAGCUGAUCGUGGAGCAGCAAGAUGAGCAGUUGGAGCUGGUCUCUGGCAGCAUUGGGGUGCUGAAGAACAUGUCCCAGCGCAUCGGCGGGGAGCUGGAGGAGCAGGCGGUGAUGCUGGACGACUUCUCCCACGAGUUAGACAGCACUCACUCACGGCUCGACAACGUCAUGAAGAAGCUCGCAAAAGUGUCGCACAUGACGAGCGAUCGGCGACAGUGGUGCGCAAUCAUCGUCCUCUUUGUCAUCUUGCUGGUGGUGCUCGUCCUGUUUCUCGUCCUGUGAUGGGCUGAACUUCCUCAGACGCCUCCUGCUUUCCCCAGCCCCCGUAGCACGGGGAAACAAAACUCCUUCCGUCCGCCCGCAGAGAUCCCUGACAAGAAGAGCCGUGCUCGGCUCUCACCGUUCUCCUCCGAGGACCGAGGCCUGGCUCCACCAACAUCUCCCCCAGCCCCGGGGAGGGCGGACAGAGGACAGGAGCAGUCGUGGCUCCCCAACCCCGUCGGGCUGCCUCCUGCCCCAUGGUGCUGCCCCCAGGCCCUGGGGGGGGGGACUGUACCCCUUGCAGGUAUGAGCCGGUUGCAGCAGUCCCGAGCCCCCCGUGUGGACACGGAGCAGGGAGCCUUGGCGGGGCGCGGGGGUUGGAAUUGUUUCACUGAGCAUUACAAACCGCAUCGCCAGCCUGGGGGAUGCUUGCCAGCCUGAAGCGUUCCCGGGAGGAGUGGUGGCUUGAAACCCCACAGCAACACGCGCCCACGGCAAGGGAGGGCAGCCCACCACGCCUUCCUGCAGCACAGCGUUCACGGCCAGGACCCCGAGGCAGGAGCUGACACGCUGCAGGUAGGUGAGCUGCAGGGCACGGCGUCCUGCCCUCGGCUGCAGCUGGACACGUGGGGCUUGGGCAUCAGCCUGAGGCUGGUUCCGUACAGCUUGGAAAGUCACCUCCUUUGUUACACAAGCCCCUCUGGCUCACUGACCGAUGCUUUCUUUGCCCUUGUAUAACCGAGCUUCUGUUGAACAGCUGCUUCCCUUUGGCAAGUGAUUUGUCAGGUCUAAAAUAACUUUUUUUUUUUUUUAAACAAGGAAAAAUUGAUGAUUUUUUUGAUGACCAUUCGAGCCGCCUUCAUUCUGCGGCUGCAAGACGCGUCAUCAGAGGAGUGGGGCCUAACUAUGUAUUUUAAGUGCACACAAACUUGUAAAUAGGACGUCUUAAUUUUCCCCAACUGCUGUUUUUUUGGGGGGGUUUUUUUGUCUUUUGAAACUUCAGUUGUAAGCAACCCAGAGCCAGGAAAAUCAGAGCCAGGUCACGUUCUGUAUCACUGCCCAGUGCUUUUGUUACCUUUGGGUUGUUUGGCGUGGGGAUUGCCUCAGCAGUGCUGGCCAGGCACUGGUAGCAGAACGCCACGAGGAGAGCUCAACUCUGGCACUGUUACUGGGGAGAAAUGCAGAUGGGUUUUGUGCAGCUGAUUACAGGAGGAUGAGGGGAUGCUGCUGGGAAGAAGCAGUUUUGUAGCAAAGUCUGCUGCAUUUUAGGGGGGAAAAGCACCAAUAGGUGGGAGGCAGGCUGACUUAACGCCUUCCCUCUGAGCCUCAGAUGGGGAUGGAGAUGGGGAGGAGGGUGGUGCUGAAUCUGCAAACCAGGCCCCCAGAAACAAGCUCCUCAGAAAGGAAAUUUUGGGACCUAGAGUGCUCUGCCAUGCAGGACGUGCAGGGUUUCUGGCUCUGUUUGAGUCUGCCCAGUCCCUCGUGAGCCCCGUGCACCCGGAGCUGGUGGCACCGUGCCUUUUGCAGCCGGGCUUGGGAUGGGGGGAGACCCAGCAGCCCCGCCACAUCAGGGCAGCUCCUCUUGUAAUGAACGCACACGUGCCCUUAAUUCCAACCUGCACAAGUUAUUGUGGCGGUUACUCGUGAUCAUUGCACGACGCCUUGUUUCUUUGGCUUCUGCUGUAAGAAAUACAUACCGUCUCCUUCCCAAGCCGGGCUCUGGCAGUGUCUGUGCAGCGCGCUGGGCUUUGUGCCUGUCUCAGAGUAGGUUUUCAGCGUGGUCGUGCAUCAUCCAGGAGCAGCUCCCGGUGCUCCGUGCAGGAGCGCGCUGUUCUCAUGCUGUGCCGGGGGCAGCCCCGCUCCUGUGUCUGUCCAGGCAUUGCUGCAACCAAACUGUCUUUGCUCCUUUCCCCUUGUACGUUGGCUUUUUCUGUUGGUGGUGUUGCCCCUCCCUUGAAUCCUAAAUAAAUGCAUUACUGCUGCCGGCGUGUCGCGGCAGAGGAAUCA